GGCGGGCGCCGGACUCCCAGGCGAAGCGACAGGUCUCGGGCCCCCAGGCGGAGCGGCGGGCGCCGGACCCCCAGGCGGAGCGACAGGUCUCGGGCCCCCAGGCGGGGCGGCGGGCGCCGGACCCCCAGGCGGAGCGACAGGUCUCGGGCCCCCAGGCGGAGCGGCGGGCACCGGACCCCCAGGCGGAGCGACAGGCACCGGGUCACCAGGCACGACAGUGGGCUCCGAGUCAACUGGCAUGACCGCUGGCACUGGGUCAGACAAUGGAUCAUCUGGCUGGACAGCGGGCAUCGGGUCACCAGGCAUCAGGUCACUUGGCUCGACAGCGGGCACCGCAUCAUCUGGCAAGGCAGUGGGCUCCGAGUCAACUGGCAUGACCGCGGGCACUGGGUCAGACAUUGGAUCAUCUGGCUGGACAGCGGGCAUCGGGUCACCAGGCAUCAGGUCAUUUGGUUCGCCAGCGGGCACCGCGUCAUCUGGCAAGGCAGUGGGCUCCGAGUCAAC